CUCCCCCCUCCCGGAAAAAUCCAAAACGCGCCGCCCAUGCGCCGGCCGCGCCGCGUCGGCGUCGGCGGCGGCCUCCGCCCGCUGCUGCUUCUGCUCCCCUUCGCCGCGCUCCUCUCCGUCGCCACCUUCUCCCUCCACUCCCCCGAUCGCCUCGUCAUCGACGCGCCGCGGCAGCUGUCCCCGACGUCGCGCCACGUGCACCGGCUGGCCGUCUCCAGCCUCGACGUUCCCGGCGCCGCGCCUCCGCUCCACGGGGCCGCCGCGCGCGCGUUCCGGUCCGGCGGGCGCCUCCUCCGCGACGUCCUCUCCUCCCCCUCCCCCUCGUCCUGGUCCUCGUCAUCCGCCCCCGCGCCGCCGCCCGCGGGUGUCGUCGGCGCGACGCGGUGCCCGGCCUCGGUCACGCGGUCGGGCGCGCAGCUCCGCGGCGUGGGCGGCGGCGCCCUGCUGCCGCUGCCCUGCGGGCUGGCGCUGGGUUCCCACGUGACGGUUGUGGGCGCGCCGCGGCGGGCGGCGGGCGCCACCGUGGCGCAGUUCGCGGUGGAGCUGCGCGGGGAAGGGGAUGGGGACGCGGCCCCGAGGAUCCUCCACUUCAACCCGCGGCUCCGUGGGGACUGGAGCCGCCGGCCGGUGAUCGAGCAGAACACCCGCUUCCGCGGACAAUGGGGACCCGCGCUUCGGUGCGAGGGCCAUCGGUCGCGCCCGGAAGAGGAGACCGUUGAUGGAUUGGUAAAAUGUGAGGAGUGGUCUGGAAAAGUUAGGGACACAUCAGAGGAGUUGAAGAGAUUGUGGUUACGGAACCGUAUUGCUGGACAGAAGGGCAGAAAUUGUAUAGAUUGGCCAUAUCCGUUCAUGGAGGAUGAAUUGUUUGUUCUAACACUAAGUGCUGGUUUAGAAGGCUACCAUUUUCAUGUUGACGGGAAGCAUGUCACUUCUUUUCCUUACCGUGUUGGCUUUGUUCUUGAGGAUGCCACUAUCUUGUCUGUGAUUGGUGACAUUGACGUUCAAUCAAUAGUAGCUGGUUCAUUACCAACAGCUCACCCUAGCAUUGUCCAAAGAAAUCUGGAGUUGCUAACAGAACUAAAAGCCCCUCCUCUUGCUGAAGAGAAUGUAGAGCUAUUCAUAGGCAUUCUUUCAGCGGGGAACCAUUUCACUGAACGCAUGGCUGCGAGGAGAUCUUGGAUGUCUUCAGUACGAAAUUCCUCCAGCGUGGUGGCUCGGUUUUUCGUUGCAUUGAAUGGCAGAAGAGAAGUGAAUGAAGAUUUGCUGAAAGAGGCAGAUUUCUUUGGGGACAUUGUCAUUGUGCCUUUUGUGGAUAGUUAUGAUCUGGUUGUUCUGAAGACAAUUGCCAUUUGUGACUAUGCGGCUCGUGUUGUUCCGGCGAAGUAUGUCAUGAAGUGUGAUGAUGAUACCUUUGUUAGACUUGAUUCAGUGAUGGCUGAAGUCAAGAAAGUCUCAGACAGCAAAAGCUUGUAUCUGGGGAACAUGAAUUACUACCACAGGCCACUGCGGGAGGGAAAAUGGGCUGUCUCAUACGAGGAGUGGCCCAGAGAAGAGUACCCGCCCUACGCCGAUGGUGCAGGCUACAUUGUUUCUUCUGACAUUGCAAACUUUGUCGCAUCUGAAAUGGAGAAGGGAAGACUAAAUCUGUUCAAGAUGGAGGAUGUGAGCAUGGGGAUGUGGGUGGGGCGGUUCAAUAGCUCCGGGAACUCCGUGGCGUACGUCCACAGCCCCAGGCUCUGCCAGUCCGGCUGCGUCGACGAUUACCUGACCGCGCACUACCAGUCGCCAGCGCAGCUGGUGUGCCUCUGGGAGAAGCUGCGGCAAGGGAGGCCACAGUGCUGCAACGCAAGGUGACACAGAGAAAACUCUGCCUCUGAAAGCUCACCUCGGCAAUUCGGCAUACACUUCCCUGGGAUAGCAGGGUGCAAACCACAGGUAACGCUUGUACAUUGGAGGGUACAUAGCUGCGUUUUUUCCACUGAUCGGAAGCAGUGUGGUGAACACAGAAUACGUCGGAUGAAAGGAUAGUUUACACGUCAUAUCUGUAACAUAAUCCAAGCAUAUUAUAUUUAUAACAAUCUCUCUUGGUACAUAAAUUAUACGUGUCACAGUGUACUGUCA